AUGGCCACAAGGAGCGUCCUCUUGGCCCUCGUGGUCCUUGACUUGCUCAUCUAUGUUCCACCAGGUAGAAGUGGACCCAAUGUCUACAUACAAAAAAUCUUUGCUUCAUGUUGGCGACUGCACGGUUCUUGCAGGCAAAAAUGUUUAAAAAAAGAAGAAUAUCAUAUUUUGUGUGAUACUACACGUUUAUGCUGUGUAAACCCAAAGUAUUUACCUAUACUGACUGGGAAAUAGUUGUGAGUACCCGAAAGCUGUUGCUGAUUUCCUCUGGGAACCCAGGUCCCUCUCAGUUGCACCAUUCGAUUAAAACAAUGGCUUUAGCCUACCAGUGUUCCCGUGUCUGCUGUAUUUCUCU